AUGGUCGAAUUUGGUGAUCAUCACCCGUUUGCAAAGGUCAAUUUUGGUAGUAGACGUCGUCCGGCUUGGCAACGUUGGGAAGCUGUCGAUGAAAACGAUACGGAUAAGUGCGGCAAUGAUUUCGGAAAUCAGUCGGACGGGUCAAUCGCCUGCGAGAGCAACGCAUCAACUGUGUACGGUGUAUCGCUAGAAACUGAUGCGGUAACGUUAAGCCCACAACAACGUUACAGUUCCAAUGACACAGCAAGUGAAUCAUGCACAAUAACAAGCGACGAUGAUGCUGAAAAUGAGACGGAAUUGGAUUGGGAUGGUGAUUGGGGUGAAUGGUCGAAAAGCGAACAAGGCAGUAAACAGUGGGCACAACGUAACAACUCCUUAAAUUUGCUCAGAUUGAACAAGCAAAGGAGAAUGUUGUUCACGGCAUCGAAUAGCCUCUCGCCGAUACCCGAGUAUGAAGAAACGCAAUCGGAAAGAUGCAGUAGUGAUGACAGUUCAUUUGAAAACACAGAUGAAUCGAAUCUGAAUAAAACCUUCAUAAUCAACAAUGAAUGCGCACAUUCAUCAUCUUCAUCGGAUAGCUAUUACGAUGCUGAUCAAUCAACAUUAUCCAAACAAAUGCAAACAACACAAGACAACAGUGCUAUUAGUGACGAAGAAUCUGUGAAUGUUGAUAAUGAAACAUCAUUCGGCGAUAAGCAACGAAAACAAGCGUUGAUUGUCGGCAAAAACGAUGACGGCGAUCACCAGGAGAUUCUGUUUUGCAAUGGCCCUAUUGAGAACGUGAUUUUUGGUCCGUGUACGGUGACUGAAAAAGGAGAGCAAAAUGUGAGUUCAGUGCUUAUUCAGAAGGCUUAA